UCUAGAUACCUGGCCUAAGCAGAGCCCGGGGGUAGGGGGGUGGCAGCUGGAUCCUGUCGCGCGUGGAGGUGACUCAUAACUCCCGCCCCUUUUUUGCCAAGCUUUUUCUGGGCUGGUCCUCGCACCACGUGCCUUCCUGGCCGCUCCCCCAGAGCCCUUUCCAAACGCCUGUUGAAGCUGCUGUAAAAUGUCGUGAAGGACGUCGCCGCUUUGCGGCUGCUGUUCAGAACCAGAUCCCGGGAGUGCCCACCGCAGUCAGCGGUUCCUCCAGCGGAGUCCUCCUGAGGGAGGGCGAAAGCACCGGGCGCGCCACUGGCCUCUCCGCCGCGCCCGCGAGGGCUCCGGGCGAUGUGAACUCGAGGCGACUGCUGUGCUCCUGGGCCCGGGGGCUGAGGUGGGCGGCAGGUGCCUGGGAGGCCGCCGCGGGCCGGCAGGAUGGAGGAGAGCAUGGAGGAAGAGGAGAUGCUCACCUACGAGGCAAUGAUGGACGACCAGAACCACAACAACUGGGAGGCCGCCGCAGACAACUUCCGGCAGCCACCGCCACCGCCGCCGCCGCCGCCGCCGCCGCCCUCGUCGUCCAUCCCGGAUCCUGGCCGAGAACCCCCGGGGGGCCAGCUGCUGGCUGUGCCCUCGGGCUCCGUGGACAGGAAGGGCCCUAAGGAGGGGCUCCCGAUGGGGCCUCCGCCCUUGCCAGAGCCCAGCGGGGUGAUCAUGAUGUUGAAGAGCUGCGACGCGGCCGCCGCGGUGGCCAAGGCGGCCCCCGCCCCCACCCCGAGCUCCACCAUCAACAUCAACACCUCCACUUCCAAGUUCCUAAUGAAUGUUAUAACAAUUGAAGAUUAUAAGAGCACAUACUGGCCAAAAUUAGAUGGUGCCAUAGAUCAACUUUUAACCCAGAGUCCUGGUGAUUAUAUACCUAUAUCCUACGAACAGAUUUACAGUUGUGUAUAUAAGUGUGUAUGCCAGCAGCACUCGGAACAGAUGUACAGUGAUCUGAUUAAAAAGAUAACCAGUCACUUAGAGCGAGUCUCCAAGGAGCUGCAGGCCAGCCCUCCAGACCUCUAUAUCGAAAGAUUUAAUAUAGCUCUGGGACAGUAUAUGGGAGCAUUGCAGAGCAUCGUGCCUCUUUUCAUAUAUAUGAAUAAGUUUUACAUAGAAACUAAGCUUAACAGAGACUUAAAAGAUGAUCUUAUAAAGCUGUUUACGGAACACGUUGCAGAAAAGCACAUUUACAGCCUAAUGCCUUUACUUUUAGAAGCCCAGUCAACACCAUUUCAGGUCACACCUUCAACUAUGGCAAAUAUUGUGAAAGGCCUGUACACUCUCAGACCAGAAUGGGUUCAGAUGGCUCCGACUUUGUUUUCUAAGUUUAUUCCAAACAUUCUGCCUCCAGCUGUGGAAUCUGAACUUUCUGAAUACGCUGCUCAAGAUCAGAAGCUUCAAAGAGAACUUAUACAGAACGGUUUUACCAGAGGUGACCAGUCCCGGAAAAGAGCUGGGGAUGAGUUGGCUUAUAACAGUCCGUCUGCUUGUGCAAGUUCCAGGGGAUAUAGAUAGUGACUGCUGAAGUACUUUUCUCUCGGAGAGAAGACACUGGAGCUACAGAAACUGUUCCAGGCACAGCGGGGCCUGCACCACUCAGGAGCUCUGUCAAAAGGCUGUUCUCAGAGAGGAUGCCACACUUCUUUCUUUGAUUUUCAGUUUUCAAAAACAAGAACUAACAAAAACAAUUGCUGCUAGACUUGGGGGUGAUUUUGAAAUGGGACAAUCUUUUAAUGAGUUUAUCUACAGAGCAAGUGUCUUGGAGAGCGGCCAUUGCUAAGUGAAGCCCAACAUGCAAAUCAGCUUCCUCCAAAAUACAAGAACGAUAGAAUCUUAUUAUUUUUUAAGCACUUGUCUUGUUCAUUUGUGGACUUGGCACAUGGUGUCUCAUGUCAAGAUAUCUUUGCUUUAAACAAGCAGAUGUUACAAUACAGUGUUCACCCGUGCCCCAAACAAUCUGUUUUAAA